CCGCGGCUCCCGGCUGUUUCCAUCCGAGGACGCUCCGCCUGCACUGAGCCCCCGGGAGAAGCGUGGUGUCUGUAGGAAGGUGCCACCCCCGGCUGCCACCCGGCCCGGGCUGGGCUCACGCAGGUCGCCACUGGGGCAGAGCGCAUCGCAGCGCAGCUUCUCCCUUUCGGGCAGAGGCCACGUGCCCGCAGCGAUGGCCCCGUUGGCUGCAGCCCUGCUCUGGGUGCUGCUGCUGCGGCCGCACAGUGCCGGGACGUGGAGAGAGCACAGCCCGCGUCUUCGUGUGGCGUACAGAGAGCUGCUGAAGUCCAACAGCUCCCGGUGGCUGCUGGCCCCAGGGGACACGCCGGGCUCCCAGGCGCUGCUGCUGGAUGAGGACAGGACCUGGCUGAUGGUAGGAGCCAAGAACCACAUCGUCCUGCUGCACCUGGAGCAGCCGGGCAGGGAGCCUGAGAAGAUCUCCUGGCCAGCACCCAGAGCACAGGUAGAGCACUGCCAGCUGGCAGGCAAGGAUGUGGAGACCGAGUGCGCCAACUUCAUCCGCUUCCUGCAGCCCUACAACAGCAGCCAUGUGCUGGCCUGCGGGACCGGCGCCUAUCAGCCCAUCUGUGCCUUUGUGCAGCUGGGAGCCCGCGGGCAGGGUCCUGGGAUCCCCGUGAUGCGGCUGCUGAGCCAUUCCCUGCAGUCGGGGCGAGGACGGUGCCCUUACAGCCCCCGGCAGCCCUUUGCUGCACUGCUGGUCGAUGGGCAGCUGUACUCGGGCACCUCCAGUGAUUUCAUGGGCAGCAGUGCCGCCUUCUUCCGCACCGAGGUCGGCGGGGCUGAGCGGGGCUACAUCCGCACAGAGCAGCACCAGGACCACUGGCUACAUGAGCCCACGUUCAUCGGCACCUUCGCCAUCCCCGACACCCACAACCCGCAUGACGACAAGGUCUACGUCUUCUUCCGUGAGACGGCCCUGGAGGGCGGGCAGUGGGAGCGGCGGCACAUCCACGCCAGGGUGGCCCGGGUCUGCAAGAACGACGUUGGAGGGAAGCGUGGCCUCAUCAACCGCUGGAGCACGUUCCUCAAGGCCCGCCUGCUGUGCUCCAUCCCCGGGCCCCAGGGCACGCAGACACACUUUGACCAGUUGGAGGACGUUUUCCUCCUCCAAACGCGAGACCCCCAGAACCCCCUCGUCUUCGGCCUCUUCACAGCAUCCAGUGCUGUGUUCAGCGGCUCCGCCGUCUGCGUCUACUCCAUGGCUGCAGUCAGAGCAGCCUUCAGCGGCCCCUUCGCGCACAAGGAGGGCUUCGACCACCGCUGGGUGCAGUACAAGGCCCGCGUCCCCUACCCCCGCCCUGGCACGUGCCCCAGUGAGACGUACGACCCACUGCUGCGCUCCACCAAGGACUUCCCCGAUGAGGUGAUCAGCUUUGUGCGCGCCCACCAGCUGAUGUGGGAGCCCAUCCACCCGCUGGGCCGUCGGCCCGUCCUGCUCCGUGCCAACGUUCCCUACCGGCUGCGGCAGCUGCUGGUGCACCGGCUGGAGGCUGAGGGCCGCCACUACGAUGUGCUCUUCCUUGGCACAGAUGAUGGGAAGGUGCUGAAGGUGGGGCUGCCCGGUGAGGCGGGUGCUGAGGCUGUGAGCCUGGAGGAGAUCAGCGUCACUGAGGUGCCUUCACCCAUCCUGGACAUGAAGCUGUCACCAAAGCGGGUGAGUCCUCAUGCUUCUACUCCAAGGGACAGGGCAUCUGGCCCCAGCCCUUCACUCCCAGGCCUGCCAAGGCCCUGUCCCACUGACCACUGCGAUGUGCCCGAGCAGCAGGAGCUGCUGGUGAGCAGCACACAGGGGCUGCUGCAGCUCUCCCUGUCCCGCUGUGAGCUCUAUGGGCAGACCUGCAUGGACUGCUGCCUGGCCAGAGACCCCUACUGCACGUGGGAUGGCAGUGCCUGCACCUCUCUGCUGCUCACGGAGAAGAGGCGUGCCCGCUGCCAGGACGUGCUGAAGGCCGAUGUGCUCAGCCAGUGCCAGGACACAGCAGAGGGGAUGGCGGCCGUGGAGCAGCCGGUGUUUGGUGUGGAGAAGAACUCCACGUUCCUGGAGUGCCAGGCGCGCUCCCCGCAGACAGCAGUGCGGUGGCUGGUGCGGCGUGGAGAGGGGCUGGAGCUAAGUGAGGUGAGGAGCGGCAGACGCGUGGUGGUGCUGGAGCAGGGGCUGCUGAUCCGCCAGCUGGGCUGGGAGGACGCCGGCACCUAUGAGUGCCGGGCCGUGGAGCGCUCCUUCUCCUGGCCCCUCACUCGCUACAGCCUGCACGUCAUCCGGCACGAGGCCACGGAGCUGCAGCACCGCCGUGGUAAAGGGGCCGAGAGCACGUGGACAGAGCCGCGGGCGCUGGGGGCACCGGGCAGCGGCGGCCUCGAUGCCUACUGCACCGCACUGCGGCUCCGGGAGCGGCAGCGGCAGAAGGCCUGGCAGCAGAAGUGGCAGCACCGCGCCCCCGAGGGCAAGAGCGGCCGUGUGCGCCGGCAGCCCUGGAGGCUGUAGGGGCACAGAACCUCUCCAAUACGACUACCUCACACCGUGCUGGGACUGUCCGCCUUGGCACAGCUCCUGGACGCAAAGCUUGUGUGCCCUGAGGAGUUGAUUCCCAUUCUUCCCUGGGCAGUUCUUAGCAGCAGUAAGGAAGACAAGCGGUUGAGAAUGGAAAGCAGCCAUUCUUGCGUGUGGUUCCCAGCACCUGGUGGCACCUGGACCUGCGGUGGGCGCAGUGCCCACAUCCAGCUCCAUCCCAGUGGGCUGAGGGGUGCCCGCCUCUCCCAUCCCAGCCCUCGUUGCUUUUAUGGAUUCCAGAGUCAGAGGGACAACAGGCAGUUUUACCAACUUACAAUUUAUUAUUAAAAAAAAAAAAUGACAUGAAACACAAGUAAAAAUAAAUACAUCAUAUAAACAACAAAUUGU